GACUCAGGUACGCGAAAACUGCGCUCCUAAACAAAGUUGGAACCUACUUUUAUUCUGAUUUACCUCUUAAAAACCGCUCCAAGAGGCUUGCGUGCAACUUAUAUCACCAACUAAAUAUGUCAGGGAACGGGUUAAUAUCGAGUGUGUGGAGGAGAAGCCCCGCCGAGCAGCUGUCCACCAGAGUUCCGAGUCCUUUUGAGCACCUACGCCAGCAGAUGAAUGACAUCUUGGGGGAUGGAGGGAUCCUGAAAGAGGUGGUCCAACCUGGAGAAGGUUCACCUGUGCCCAAAGACGCUUCCGUGAUAUUGCAUUACUCUGGUUUCCUGGAAUAUUCAGACCAGCCUUUCGAAACCACCACUCACUUUAAGUAUCCCCCAAUGAUGAAGAUAGGAAGAGACUUGACGCUGGCUGGGCUGGAGUUGGGCCUGAUGACCAUGAAGAGAGGAGAGUUCUCUCGCUUCCUCUUCCAGCCUAAGUACGCUUACGGAGAUCUGGGCUGUCCUCCAUUCAUCCCGUCUGCUGCCGUGGUCCUGUUUGAGGUCCAUAUCCUCGACUACCUCGACUCCAAACAAGUGGAUGACUUUAUUACCAUGAGUUCGGACGGCCAGAACACUUCUCCUCUGUCCACACUCUUUGAAGUUGUCAGCACACUACGCAGCUUCGGCAACCGUUGCUUCAGGCGUUGCCGUUACUACCAUGCCAAGGAUCAUUAUAAACAGGCUAUGCAGCUCCUGGGAAGCAGAGACACGCAGGGUGAUUCAGAGACGGAGAGGAUCAAGACAGCUCUGCUUCCUCUCUAUCUGAACCUCUCUCUCACUGAGCUGCGUCUGGACAGCCCUCGCAAAGCCCUGAAAUAUGCCAACAAAGCCUUGGAGAUAGACUCUGACAACACAAAGGCUCUUUUCCGCUGUGGACAGGCUUACAUGGAGCUGCAUGAAUAUGAGAGCGCCCAGGGUUGCCUCUUAAGCGCUCAAGCGAGGAAGCCCUUUGACAGUGACAUCAAUAAUCUUCUGAGGAGAGUGACAAUUCCUUUUUAUUUUCCAGAUGCUACAAGGACAGCUUGGACAAAGAGAAAGACUUGUACUCAAAGAUGUUCUGAGACCUGAAAGUCCUCAACGUAAAUGUAAAGAUCAGAAGAAACAAGGUUUCAAGACUCAACAGCAUGCUGUCUUUCCAGUGCUGCCAUUUCUUUUGAAAGUUGUGUUUGAGUUUGGCUAACACUACGAAGGGAAUAAUAUCAUAUUGAUGUCUAAUUUGACACGUUUAUUUUAUUAAUUAAAAAAGGUAUUUAGUUCAAAAGUUUGUUAAUAUAGUUCUCUUCCGUCCCCUAUAUUCUCUUUGUAAAUGUCACAUUUGAGUGUUUGAUGGGAUGUAAUCACUCCUGAGUUGAGAAUAAUGGAAAUUAAAAAAAAAAAUAAAAGCGUUUUCACAUCUAA